UUUCCAUUAAAGCUUCACCACAGAAUGUGCAUAUGAAUUUGACCGAAAAUGACAACUCAAAAUUUAACUCUCAAAAUUUUUCCCAUUAAAGCUUCCUGGAAUUGAUUACUGCAAAGCAACAAUAGUAAAUUUUCUUUGCUUUGUGCUAUAUAUACCUCAGAAUUAUUCAAUAGAGGAACAAAGCAAAUAUUUCUUGAUCUUUAUAGUGCAGAAAUGGGUUAUGAAAAACUUGCAUUGUUUCUGCUAUGUGCCCUUCUCUCUAGACUUGCUUUCUCCUCAUCCUCAACUUAUUUGUGCCCUAAAGAUCAAGCUCUUGCUCUUCUACAAUUCAAACAGAUGUUUACCAUAAAUCCUGACGCUUCUCGUUGUUUUAAUUCUUAUCCAACGACAUUAUCGUGGAAUAGGAGUAGAGAUUGCUGCUCAUGGGAAGGAGUUAACUGUGACGAGACAACAGGCCAAGUGAUUGAGCUUAAUCUCCGAUGCAGCCAACUUCAAGGCAAGUUUCAUUCCAACAGUAGCCUCUUCAAACUCUCCAGUCUCAACAAGCUUAAUUUAUCUUUUAAUAAUUUCUCUGGAUCGCACAUUUCGCCUAAAUUUGGUGAGUUUUCUAGUUUGACACAUCUUGACUUAUCAAGUUCAAGGUUUUCAGGUCAAAUUCCUGCAGAAAUCUCUCAUCUUUCUAAAUUAUACGUUCUUCGUAUCCCGAGGGAUUAUCCAAAUGAGCUUACACUUGGAUCUCACAAUUUUGAACUACUCGUUAAGAACUUGACCCAAUUAAGAGUGCUUGAGCUCAACUCUGUCAACAUCUCUUCCACCAUUCCUCUAAAUUUCUCUUCUUAUUUAGCAACUCUACUUCUUCCAUACACGCAAUUAUAUGGGACAUUACCUGAAAGAGUUUUUCACCUUCCCAACUUGAAAUCUCUUGACUUAUCGUACAAUACCCAACUCACAGUUGGAUUUCCGAUGACCAAAUGGAAUAGCAGUACAUCUCUCACGGAUUUAUAUCUCAAUAGUGUGAAUUGUACUGGUAGUAUACCUGAAUCAUUUAGCUAUUUAACUUCAUUGUAUGAACUGGACAUGAGCUCUUGUAAUCUCUCAGGGCCUAUUCUAAAACCUCUGUGGAAUCUAACUCGCAUAGAGUUUUUGAUCCUUGAAGAUAACCAACUUGAAGGACCAAUUUCCCAGCUCUUCAGACUCGGUAAUCUCAAGAGAUUAUCGCUCAGAAAUAACAGCUUCGAUGGCCGACUUGAGUGCUUGAAUGGGACACAACUUAGGCACUUAUACAUUUCAUCCAAUUUCCUAACUGGUCCAAUUCCUUCCAAUGUAAGUGGUUUGCAAAACCUAAACAAACUUUCCUUGUCAUUUAAUUACUUUAAUGGGACUAUACCAUCCUGGAUAUAUUCCCUCUCAUCACUAUAUCAUUUAGAGUUGAGCAAUAACCAUUUCAGUGGCAAAAUUGAAGAGUUCAAGUCCAAAAUAUUAAAGUGCGUUAUUCUCAAAAAAAAUAAGCUGCAAGGUCCUAUUCCAAAGUCACUCCUAAACCAGCAGAACCUAAAAUUUCUUCGCCUUUCUCAAAAUAAUCUCAGUGGACAGAUUGCUUCAACCAUCUGCAAUCUUAAAACAGUGCAGUUGUUAGAUCUGGGAAGUAAUAAUUUACAGGGAACAAUCCCAGAAUGUUUGGGUGAAAUGGAUAGAACUUAUGUUUUGGAUUUAAGCAAUAAUAAUCUUAGUGGGACAAUUCAAGCAAAUUUUAGUACUGGAAAUAAUCUCAGAGUCAUUAAAUUGCAUGGGAAUAAGUUAGAGGGGAAAGUUUCGGGAUCUUUGAUCAAUUGCAACUAUUUGGAACUACUUGAUUUAGGUAGCAAUGAGUUGAACGACACUUUUCCAAAAUGGUUGGGAGUCCUACCAAAUUUGAAGAUUUUAAAUUUGAGAUCAAAUAAGUUGCAUGGGUCCAUCAGAGCUUCAAGGAAUAGACACUUGUUUGCACAACUUCAAAUCAUGGAUCUUUCAUCCAAUGCAUUUAGUGGGAAUUUACCAGCAAAUCUUUUUGAGAAUUUCCAAUCUAUGAAACUAAUUGAUGAGAAUAGGAGUACACCAAGGUAUGUAGGAAAUAAAUAUUAUUCUGUGACAGUUACAACAAAAGGAUUGGAUCAUGUAUUUGUUAAAGUUUUGACUACAAACAUAGUUAUUGAUCUCUCAAAGAAUGGAUUUAAAGGUCAAAUUCCAAGUACUAUUGGAGAUCUUAUUGGACUUCGUACGUUGAACUUGUCUCACAAUGGCUUAGAAGGUCUUAUACCAGCAUCAUUACAACAUUUGUAUGUACUUGAAUCGUUGGAUCUCUCAUUUAACAAAAUUGGCGGAGGAAUUCCGCAACAACUUGCAUCUCUAACAUCUCUUGCGGUCUUAAAUCUCUCUCACAAUCAUCUCGUUGGAUGCAUCCCUAAAGGAAAUCAAUUUGAUACUUUUGGGAACAGUUCAUACCAAGAGAAUGUUGGGUUACGUGGAUUUCCACUCUCAAGAGGCUGUGGUGAUGAUGGAGUAACAGAAGCGACAACUCCAGUUGUGCUAGAUCAAGGAGAAGAAGAAGAUUCAUCAAUGAUCAAUUGGCAGGCGGUUCUCAUGGGUUAUGGUUGUGGACUAGUUAUUGGACUGUUGAUGAUAUACAUAAUGUUGUCAACUCAAAAUCCAUUAUGGUUUUCCAGGAUAGUUGUAGAAUUGGAACAAAGAAUCGUUACGAGAAUGAAAAAUCACAAGAAAAGACAUUAGUGUGUCUAGGUUUUAAGUCUAAUAAGUUGUUGGAGAGCAAAUAUAAGCCUUUGUCUUUCACAGUUUAUUAUGAUGUUUCAUGAAAUGUUUGUUACCAUAUGAAUAAAGACAUGAUUUUUCUUCCUUUGAGACUCAAACCCCAUUUGUUUUCAUUUAUCUAUAGUUUGUUGCAUAGAGAUUAUUGGUUGA